AUGGCCUAUCGCGACGGCGCCGCCACCUUCCAAGUCUACCGGCCCAUGCCCGCGCCCACGCCCACGCCGGCGCCGAUGUCUCUGGCGGCCGCCGCAGCUCCAGCCGCGGCGCCCGCGCCGAAGAAGGCGAAGAGCCCGGGCGCGGGCAAGGACCGGCACAGCAAGGUGAACGGGCGCGGGCGGCGCGUGCGGAUGCCGAUCGUGUGCGCGGCGCGCGUGUUCCAGCUCACCCGCGAGCUCGGGCUCAAGUCGGACGGCCAGACCAUCGAGUGGCUGCUCCGCCAGGCCGAGCCCUCCAUCCUCGCGGCCACGGGGUCCGGCAUCACCCCGGCCGUCUUCUCCUGCUCCUCCGCCCCGUCCACCUCCGCUUCCGACGCCUCCCUCUCGCUCCUCGGGAAGCGCUCGCGCGAGGAGCACGAGCCGGCGGUGGCGCCGGCGCCGUUCUGGGCGACCCUGCAGACGCAGGCGCGGCCCGUGGCGGCGUGGGGACUCUCGCCCGCGCAGGAGGCGGCGGCGCAGGCGUACGCGUCGGUGGCGGCGCAGGGCCACCACCACCUCAACCUGCUCUCUGUGCUCUCCGGCGCCACGAGGCCGUCAGAGGAGGAGUCCCGGUGA